AUUGUCUAGCACAAAGUUUACAAAGGGAUAGUCAAUAUCUGCAUAAUGGCUGAUCUUUCAUCAAAAGCUCAAGUGGCCAAAAGAUUGGAAGGUAAAGUGGCUCUGAUCACUGGUGCAGCUCAAGGAAUAGGUGCUUGUAUAGCAAGAGAAUUCGUCCAUCAUGGGGCCAAAGUAGUCUGUGUUGAUAUCAAUCAAGAGCUGGGGCGAUCUGUUUGUGAUGAUUUGGGCACCGAGAAUGCUUCUUUUCUCUACUGCGAUGUAACCAAAGAAUCUGAUAUAGAAAAUGCAAUUAAUCAUACCAUUAACAAGCAUGGAAAGCUGGAUAUCAUGAUCAACAAUGCUGGCAUAGUAGAUGAAGGAAAAACUAGCAUCCUAGACAACGAUCUUUGCGAUUUUGAACGUGUGAUGCGGGUUAAUCUCUCAGGUGUUUUCCUAGGCAUCAAACAUGCAGCCCGGGUGAUGAUCCCAACGCGAAGUGGGAGCAUCAUUAACCUGGGAAGCAUUUCAGGAAGCAUUGGAGGGAUAACCUCCCAUUCAUAUUCGAGUUCAAAGCAUGCUGUUGUGGGCUUGACAAGAAAUGCUGCUGCAGAGCUUGGGAAGCAUGGAAUCAGAGUCAACUGCUUGUCUUCUCAUGUUGUUUUGACACCAUCGUCUCAGAAUUUCUUCAAUUUUGGUGAAGAAGGACAAUCAAGAGUUUACACAAACCUUGAAGGGAUGGUUUUGAAGCCUGAAGAUUUAGCCAAUGCUGCUGUCUAUUUGGCAAGUGAUGAGGCAAGGUUCAUGAGUGGACACAAUCUCAUGUUAGAUGGAGGAUUCACUGUCACAAAUCCUGCUUUUGGAUUGUUUUCAAGAUUCUAGUGCAGACUUCGUCUUUAGAAUUAUUUAUGUACUUUAGGAUACGUAAAAAGUAGACGAAACAAUAAAUUGAUUGUAGCUACAUAUGAAUUUUAACUUUUCUGUCUUCGUUUUGGCUUUUUGCA